AUGCCAAAGGACGAGUCCCCGGUAGAAAGCCCGGUCAUGGCCGUGGCCGAGUCCUCGUCGGCGCCGCUUCCGAAGCGAACCGCGCCCGUAGAGUCGACGGAAAAUACACCCCGAAUGAAGCGUGGCAAGUACACGUCGCUGGCCUGCAAUGAGUGCAAGAGACGAAAGCUCAAGUGCCUCCCAAACGCGGACGGCGAUAGCUGCGAGCGCUGCAACACGCGUAAGCUGCUGUGCAUUUUUGCUGUCAAUUCGCCCAAGGGCGACAAGAAGCGCGACGACGGAACCCAAAUACAAAUCCUCGGCGAUGAGCUGGCGCAGGUCCGCCAUGAGCUCGCCAACCUCUCCCAAGCCGUGUUUGAGCUGCGGCAGCAGCAGCCCCGGUCGCCACACGGGGGUGCCACGUCGGCCCCGGCCGGCGGUCAUCACACGGACCCGUCCUCGACGCGGUCCCCGUCGAGCGUCAUCGUCACGCGCGACGCGGUCCCCAAGCACCCGCAGUUUGUCGGCCCCACGCGUCCGGCCUACGGCCUCAUGAUUGCCGAGCGCUCCCUGACACGCAUGGGCAUCCCGGACUCGCCGUCGUCGCCGUCUGGCAGCGGGCCGAGCUCGCCCGAGGCUGGCGGUCCGGCCCCCCCGCCGUUGCCCGUGGCCGCCGAUGUCGAGUUCUGGCAGCACUGCACGCCCGCCGAGGCCGCCCGCCUCAUGGGCGUCUUUGAGGAGGAGGCCGAGUCCGUCUACCCGUACAUUGACAUUCUCGAGCUCGCCGCCCGCGCCGAGCAGAUACUGCGCAUCAUACGCCUGCCCGAGCUGCUCGACGACGAGGCCUUCGCCGGCGGCCGCCCGCUGACGGCCACGGACAUUGACAUUGCCAAAAUUGCCGUUGCCGUCGGCGUGGCGAUCGAGGCACGCGGCAAGAAUGAUGUGUGCGCAGCGAUUGCGGCGUCGGUGGAGCAGAACACGGCGCGCAUCUCGCAGACCGAAGUGUCGCUGCGGGGUAUCCAGCUUCUGUUGUCCAUGAGCAUCUACUACUUUCACAGCGACGACGAGCUACUGGCCUGGCGCGCGAUUGGCGUCGCCGCCCGCGAGGCCCUGGAAAUGGGCCUCCACCGGAAACGCAGUCUCUACGACAACUUUACCGACACGGCGUCGCGGCAGCGCGCGCUCCGCGUCUUUUGCUGCUGCUACAUCCUCGACCGUCGAUGGAGCUUCGGCACCAGUCUCUCCUUUGCCCUGGUCGACAGCGACAUUGACCCUACCUUGAUGGAACUCCACCACCUCAUCAGCCCGGCGGCGGUGGCCGCGGACCCGGAGCGCGCGCGCGUCGCCGUCGACCUCGCGCGCGACACGGUCCAGGUCCUCGUGCACCUCAACGCCACGUCGGACAUUUACUCGCGCCAGCAAAACGCCUUCAACUACUUUCUGGCGAGCGCGUUUGCCGUCAUCUCGCUCGCGCUGUGCCACGCCCCGCACAUCUUCGCCGCGCCCUGCACGCAGAGCUUCAUGGACGCGGCCGGCCUCGUCAAGGGCUUCAGCCGGCACAGCAUGGCGAGCAAGCGGCUGUGGAAGAGCAUACGGGGCUUGUCGCCGCGAUUGAAGAGUCUAGGGGUGGGCGGUCCGAGCGGCAAAGAGCAGCAGCAGCAGCAGCAGCAACACCAGCAGCAUCAGCAGCAUCAGCAGCAAGGGGGUAGGGGCGUCGAUGCUGGCGGAGCGGCGAGGUGGAGAGGGUAUAAUCAGCUGUAUGCGGGCGACGGACGGCAGCCGGCCGGCGGCGGGACCAGCCAGUCGGCGCCGCCCGCACCGGAUAGUCUGUGGAACUACAGCCUGAAGCCGCCGGCGGCGACGGCGGGCGGUGGUGGUGUGGGAGGGCAGCAGGCGCUCGCGGGAAACAAUAAUAGCAACAACGCGGAGCCGCUGCCGGGCAUGAACCCGGAUAUCCUGAGCUUGUUCGACUCGCUGGGCGACGAGGCCAUGUUUAGCAGCGGCAGCUUCGACGCGGGCGUGUAUGGCGGCAUGGAUCCGGAUGGCGAGGGCGGCGACAUUUCGAGGCUUUUUCUGCAAGGUCUUAUGUAG